AUGGCGACGGCCAUGGCACCACCCGACUCAGAAUCAACAACCCCAGGCAAGACCAGCGCUCCGAAAGACAAGAGCUGCCCGUUUUGCUCCCAAGCCUUUACAUCAUCCUCGCUCGGCCGCCACCUCGACCUCUACAUCAGACCCAAGAACCCCAAGCCGUCAGAUGGUGUCCAUGACGUCGAGGCUAUCCGUAAGCUGCGCGGGGCCAUCACGAGAAGGCAGCCCCGUGGCUCCCUCAGUGCUCGCAAAGGCUCGACGCCCGCGGGAACACCACGGCCGACAACCAAGAGAGAGCCAUCAUCCCAUGGAAACCAUCCACUGGGUACAACGGCCCUGAUGCCUCCUCGAGACGGCCCUCACGCCAUGACUUCAACCACGCCGAGCAAGUUUGUCUUUGUGCCAAGAUGGGAAGCCACGGGAGUCAUGAGAUCAAGACGCUCCUUGGACAAAGAAGCUGCUGCUGCUGCUGCUGCUGCUGCUGCUGGUGGUGGGCGUGCCAAGCAACCGGAAAUGCAGACAACCAUGAGCAGGCAGGUGGUACACAAGUCUCAGUUGGACAUGAAGCAGAAGCUGUCGGACGCUGUCGACACGGCUCGAGCCGCCGAGCUUGCUCUACGGGAGCUUCUCGGUUCCUGGAGGGCAGCCAAGCAACACAUUGAAACCAGUUCUAUGCCAUUCGAUUUCGAUCCCCUCGCCCUCGACUUCCCGGCACUUACACUGCAAUGCUUGCACCCGCCACCAACCCUCUUCUCCUCGACGCAGAACCCGACUUCGACUUCGUGGGCCAUCCAACCCCCCGGCCAGCGGGAAUUCCGCGCCCUGCAGGUCUUCUUCAAGGAAACCUUCGGAGCCUGGACAGCCUCCUGUGCGGCCGCGGCAACGGCUGCCGCCGCUCAAGACGUCAAGCUCGCCUACCCUCCCGCAAGCAGCAACCUCCAAAAGGACGCCCGUGAGGCGGCGCAAAAAAAGGAAGACAAGGUGGCAGACAGCCUGGAGACCCUGGUAGAGGAGCACCUGCACUCUGCGUUUGCCGUGUGGGACGCCCUGCCGGCGCAAAGACAGCAGGAGCUUUGGAUUCUAGAGCUUGCGAGGGGGGUCGGAAGGAAACUCAAGGAGGUUGAGCGCUUAAAGGACCAGCAGCAUCGGCUGAAGCAGGAGAAUGCAAACCUCAAGAUGCAAGUCGAUCAGCUGAACCGCCUUCAACAGCCCCGGGAGUGGGGGCGCCUGUUGCCUUGCGCCAUGCCAAAUGAUCGAGACGGGGCAAGUUGGGGGGCGUAUGAGCGAGGCGCGCGAGACGCGCGAGACGCGCGAGGCGGCCAGAGCAUUACCGGGUUGUUGGACACGGAAGAUGGACACGUCGACAUUGCAACUCUAGCCACCAAGUGCAUUGAGAGAUGGAAGAAUGUCAUUACCUCCACUCGUGUAACGGCCAGCGGCAUGGCUGCCCAGCGACCGCUGGACCGACCAGCCCCGGCUCCAAGUGACCUCAAUAGCCUAGUAGAGCCCCAGCCGCAAGCUACGCCUCGAGGAGGAGACAUGCAGCCGAAGCCUGCCAACCAGCCCGACCAGGCCAACGGCAAAGAAGCAUCAUCGUCAUCCGUCGCCAGCGGCAGCCGGCCCGUCAGCGAGCACGCCGGCCCGUCAGCCGGCGUGACAGGCCCGCCCUCGGUGGAAGAGGAGACGAGCGACCAGGACGCCGACGCCGACGCCGACGCCGAAAUGGAGGAUGACGACAGCUUCGCCGUCGUGAAUGCACCUCCUCCGAAGCAGCCCCUGCAGCGGCAAGGCGCCGCUGCGUUGGACGUCCGCCGGACGACGCAAGGGCUUGCCCAGCAACAGCUCUCGCCGCCCGAGAUGCAGUUCAUGAUGCAGAACGGGUCGGCGAGCCCGGCUGGGCGGUCGGUCAUGGUCAUGGCAAAGGCCAUGCCGAGCCUGAACCUAGCCCUGCAAGGCGGCGACGCCACCGCGACCGCGAUGCAACAGGUCGGCGGCGAUGCGCUGUACAUGGACGGCGGAUUGUGA